UGGCGUUAUCUUGGCUGUCCGGGGGCAUCCUUUAUCCUUCAUGGACAGCUCUAAUCUUCCAAGAAGCAAAGUCCUUACUUCUUCCAGGGCCAGGCUGCCCUUUAGUUUGUUUUACUUAACCCUGAACAAUACCAAAGUCUCCAGUAAAAUUCCACUACCCCCUUACAUUACAGUGUAUAAUGCGAACUUAUAUCUAUCUAUCCAUCUAUACAAGUUAAUACACUUCCACACUACAAAGAUGGGUCGAUAUAAUAGUUAGGGAGGGGAGUUUUCCGAACAGAUGUCGUCUACUACGCCCGGCCUUGGGGGCAGCGUGAGUCUGGGUGCACGCACAAGCGACACGCACGUGUGGCACGCUACCGGCAAGGGCCGCGGCCGUGAAGGCAGCAGCCCCACGCUCGUGCCCGAGCACUGACCCACGCGCCGUGGGGCCGCCGGGGAGGGGAGCGUUCCGUGGACCGACCGCAGGCCGGGCAGCCCCGGCGCCCCGCAGCCCCCCGCCGGGCCGGGACAGGGGCAGGGGCAUCCCGGCCCCUCCCCGGCCGGCCCCGCUCGGGGCGGGGUCUCCCAACUUUCAGCGGCGGCCGCGGGGCCCGGCCCGCCGGCGGCAUGAGCCCUGCGGCGGGGCGGGGGGGCGGCAGCGCCGGGCAGGGCGAGCCCCCGCCGCCAUGCCCAAGGAGCGGCCGCUCUGGCGGGGCCCAGCCUUCCGCCUCUGCCUGCUCUCGGCCGCGCUCUUCCUCUGCCUCCAGCUGGGCAUGAGGCGAUCCUGGUGCGCGGAGGAGAAGCCCCGGGCUCCGGCGGCAGUGGCGGCGGGGCGGGCGCCUCCCCCGGCCCGCGGCACGGAACAGCACCCGGGCGCGGCGGUGGCGGGCAGGCGGCGGGUCACCUACGUGCGGAGCGGCCGGCGGGGGAGCGCCGCGCCCGGCUGCUGCCCCCUGCAGCCCCCAGCCGGCCGCCGCAGGAAGACUCUAAGAUGGCACAUCGAGCUACAACCAUGGGCAAGUCCAACUCCUUCCCUCAACUACGAGGCCUUGAGGUUCCUGAAGUACAUUAGCACUUCUCAGAUUUCAUGCAAAAACAUGAACCUGAACAGCCUGAGAGGGUACUCUGAAACCGCGAAGAAGCCCUGGUCAGUCUGUCUUGACGAGAGGUUUAGCCUCAUUCAUCGGAUCAGAAGCAAGCAAUGCCGUCUCUAUUCCCUUGGGCUGGGCAAUGAUGACAACCAGUUUGAGAUCAGCAUGGCCAACAGUGGAUGUGAGGUGCAUCGCUUUGACCCCAGCAUCAAGUCAGCACACAUUCAGGAGGGUCGGCACCUCUGGUAUCAUCGCUUGUCCAUUGACUGGAGGGAUCCCAAUCCGGCCAUUGCUGCUCAUAAACUUCACAGCAACACGAAGAAGCUGGGCACAAUAUUGAAUGAAUUCGGACAUCAGAAGAUUGAUGUCCUCAAGGCAGAUGUGGAGAGUGCUGAGUGGAAAAUUUUGGAAAACCUGAUCCUGGAAGAUGUUGUUGAGCAGAUAGGACAGCUGGUCUUUGAGGUGCACAUCCACUGGCCUGGGUUUGAGGUCAGCGGCAAUGACAGCACCGUGGUGCGGUACUGGUACAGUCUGCUCCGAGAACUGGAGCUGAAGGACUUCAGGCUUUUCCAUACCUACAAAGACUUAUCAAAACCACAGAUGUUUCUGAAAAAGGAAGCCUUCAACGCCAGUAGCUGUUACACACUGAGCUGGGUAAAUACAAGAUGGAAAUAGCAGAAAGGAAUUUAUGAUGCAUGACUGCGAGCCAUCUGGCCUUGUAGCGUUAUUGAAGAGGACUUUGGUGUCACUGGCUGAAGUUGCUAAAUAUGCACACAGUGACUGGUAGUAAAACGGACUGGCUUUUAUUUUUGUAUGUUGUCAAAAGAACUGGCACUAGGAGAAGAUACAUGGUGCAAAUGUAUAUAGCAGUGUAUUUGCCAGUGGGUACACUGUCCCAGAAGACAGAGGUUUCUGUAAAGGUUUGUCUGGGGCAGAUAACAGCGCGGCUUUCCCAGGCUGCCCCGAGCCUGUGCAUGCCGGCACAGAGGGCAUCGCUCCGGGGCUGCCCCAGGAAGCUCUGCUCACUGAGCUGUGCCGGCCCUCAGGCAGGAGAGCACUCGUGAGCAAGUGCUUUUCUCAGGAAGGGUCAGGUGUAACUUCUCUGUAAAGCAAUGGCCUUUGAUUUGCACCUUCUUUACUUUGGCCUUGUUUCCUAUGGAAGAAAUUUUAGGCAAGAACAGCAUGUUCUUCAACCCACUGGCAAAUUGCAGCUGAAUUUGCCAAAGGCAGAAAUCGCCACCAAACGAAAUCCCUACCUGUUUCAUUGAGCAGCUUCUGAGUGCUCUGACUCUGGCUCUAUAAGGCAGUCUGGCUGCGGGAGGUGAGUUCAGCGCUUCGUACACGCGAGAUGGUGGGACAGAGACUUGGCUGCAGGAAAAGCUGCCACCAGCGCUCUGCUUCCUCACCUCCAGAGGCUUCAGCCACAGAAGACAGGGCUUCCCUAGUUCAUCUGCUCAAAGAAUGGCUUGUUUUAAACUACUCUUGCAAUGGCCGUAGCAAAUGGUUUUUCAUCUAGUGAGAUACUUAUUUAAAAGAGCUGAAAGUGAAACCUGGUCUUUUUUGUUCGUUUGUUUUGGAUUUUCGUUGCAUGUUUCGCUGUGUGCCUUCUCCAGCGCUGUGCCUGGGUGCCUGCUACCUCCUCAGCACCUCCCUGGCAUGGUCGCCUCUCCCUGCCACAGGCAGGCCAGACCCUGGGUCUGCACCGAUGCUGGUGGAGGUGGUGGUGCAGGCAGGGGUCCUGGUCUGCGGCCGUGCCGAGGCAGUGCCGGCUGGCGUGUGGGUUGUCUGCUGUGUGGGUUGUCUGCCGUGCACUCCCAGGAGCCAGCCCUGGCCAUUCCCUGAGGAGCUAAGGAAUGGGGGGAGUGGAAAAAUAUAUAGCAGGUUGGGUUUUUUUCUUCUCUUUCAAAUAAUUUUGACAUUAAACUUUGCAUUAAAAUACAAGAUGACGCCACUUCCAUGUCUUUGAUACAUGGUCUUUGUGCGUGCCUUUGGUUUCCAGCUUCUGCAAGGCUCAGUGUUGCUCCCGUUGGUGUGCCUCAGCCCAGCGUUGUGUUUUAGCAAGUCUCUCUUUCUUUCUCUGUCCACAUGUUGUUCCUUCUUUUGUAAUCCUGGCAUUUCCUUCUCUCCUUUCAUUCUCCUUUCAUACCCUCCUUUCCUUUUUCACCCUCUCCGCUGCCUCAACUCCCUCAUCCCCUCCUUCCCAGAGCAGCAUUGGACCCAACAUGCCCACAGGAUCUCAGCCAGCAGCCAGUGGGGGGAGAAAAUAUGUGUAGGAGCUUUUCCUUCCAGCCAGGCAAAUCAGCUCUUUCCCAGAGCCACUGCUUUGCCUCACAAGCGGAUCAAGCCAUCAAGCCAUCCCCCUCACCUUCCCCAGGCUUCGCCCCAAGCCGGGCAUCUGCUUUCCUCCUCCCCCACCCCCCUGAGGGCUGCUGCUGCCCCAGGGCGGGCAGGGACUGCUCUGCCCAGCAGAAACCGCUCCAGCCCUUCAGCUCAGCUCCCUUUCUCCCAGAAGAGGCUGGCAGGCAGGUGAUGCCACUGGGGUGACAGCCUUCCUCCCACCGCCCUUGCUCUGAGGCUGCGGGGAGCCAUCCCCCCCAGCCCCAGCACCCACCUCCCACCCGGAGCUGCAGAGCCUGUCCUGGGGCUUGACGUUGCUGCACUGAAUCUGACUUGGAGCAUCUGUGUUGGCCGCAGAGGCUGCAGACCACAGGCUGCUGUGGAAGAGGCAGGAAAAAAAACCUCUCCCUUGCUUCAGUGGUGAAGGACGAGGGUGAUGAGGGGCUGGUGGAAAGGGACGGGAUUUUAAUCUCUUCAGCAAAAGCCAGCUCUGUGCCCUUGUGCGUUCAGGUUUGUAUCAGUCUUCCAAAUCACAUUUGAAAUUUUAAAUUGUGGCUAAAUGUCAAACCCUUUAUUUUUUAACGCACGCAUGCUGGUUUUCAAUCUAAUCUACUGCCUUUCCGUCAUGCUGACAGUGCCUUGUGUUGUACAGAGUCUCUGAUUUACUGCCUCCCCAUUUUUAUUUUCCUUUUAAAAACAAAUCCAUCUACUUCUUUAGUUACACUAGAAUUUUCUGAAGCGGAGUUUAAUUCUAAGGAGACUUAACGUGGGCUUCUGCACAUCGAAUGCCGCGUUUAGGGAAGCAAGGGGACUGCAGACCAGGUGAUGAUCCCAGCGUGCCUGUCCUAGUAAAUGAAGCAGUGGCAGGCAGUGUGCACCGGAGCGGCUAUCUAUCUGGUUAAUUAAUGAGAUCCCUGGCACAAUUUUGGCUCAGGCCAUUCAGGACUCUCCCAGACGAUUCCUAAGCACAGCUGGGGAGUUGGCCCAAGCCAAGGACAGCUUGGAUGCAGCCACCUUGUUUGGGAAGCUGAAAGACUUUAGUAAAUAGACAUGGCCAGGCCGUGGUUUCCAGUUUGCCUCCAGGCUGGGGAAUGCCUCCUGGCACCCUUUUGUUGUCUGCCAUAAACCCAGCUGCUCUUUCUGCUCCAGGCCAUCCCACCCGGACCAGGAGGUGAGGGGCUUUGCAGUCACCGGUAGCAGGGCGACACCAUGUCCUCAGCUCUGCAGUGCUCAAAAUCCAGAUGACCUCUUGCAGAUGUGUUGGAUUACCUGUGUCCAAGACGUUGGGCAAAACACUUUCCAUGGGGCCAAGCUACAUAGUGCUGUCCCAGAGCCAGGUAAUACACAACCGAAGAGAACCAUGACCUCUGAAAAUGGGUAGGAAAUGCCUUCCCUGUGACAGCCAUGCUUGCUGCAGACCUUCCUGCGUUAAGUACUAAGGUUGUUCAACGGUGCAGGGCCAUGAGGAGAUUCAUUAAAAUGUGAGGAGGUGCCAGGAUUUCCUAAGCCAAUAUCUAGCUUGUUGGAACGCUCACACUUGCUGCACUGCAGAAUGGCUCAACUCCCAUUCUUCAAAUAAUGGGGUGGCAAAAGCCCAGCUGAGUCCUGAUUUAUUAAUAAAGGAUAAAAACAUGGGCUCUAGCACUGCACAGGUUUUUCCUCCUGAUUAGUCUUAGAGUAACUAGCCUAGCAGCUUAUUAUCAUUUGGUCAAGAAACCAAUGCAUAGAGGUUAAAAAACAAAUUACAGGAUUUCUGUCAGAUGUUAAAAUUGCAAAGGGAUACACGUCUUCCAUCAUUUUUUGCCCCGAAGAAAAAAAUGGGGAUGUAUAUGUAAAUUAUAGAAAUGGAGCGGAGGUCUAUCCUGGUUCUUCUUUGCUUAAGAUGUAGAGUUUAGUAAACCCUUAGCUAGUCUCUUGCUCAGGAUUGCCAGGUAGUGUCGGGAACAAUUCAGGCUGGAGCAAAUACAUCUUCUGCAAGAAAAGAUUCCAAUAACUAUGGUAAUUUCUAACGAAAUCUUAUCUCAGAUACAGGAUAGAUAAAAGCCAUUUAUCAUUCUGGAGGCAGUUAUGUGAUAUUAUGGGAGAAAAUGAACAGCUCUUAUUUUACGCACUCUCUGUGCCUUUCUACUUAGCAUCUCUUAAAGCAGAGUUACAGCCUUCCCCUCCAAGGUCUUGCUUUGCUGCCUUUAUCCCUUCUCUUUUAUUGAUCUCUUUUACCUAAAGGAGAGACUUACAUGAAUUCAGUUCCCAUCUCCUAACGACUGGGCUGCCGGGUAGAUGCGCAGGGGCACGAGCCAGUGCUGGCUGACUCUGCCACAGCGGAUGGACCGGUGCCGAGGGAUGCUGCGUGGGGUAAGUCUGUGCCCACCCACCGACUGGAGAUGUGCUCAGGCGGUAUCUCCGGCCUGUUAGGGACCGUGCAGAGCGAGAAAGGGAGGGAUCCGGGACUGUGGGCAUCCGCAGGCUCAUGCUGCUUCAGCCAGAGCCGAAGAUCCACCAGCCAACCCCCCUGCGGAUUUACCGCUACGUGUUGGCUCUCAACCACACCGGCUGCAUUUGAUCCCAUCGGUGAAGGGUGUUCUUCAGGAGCGCCUCUCAACUGUGAAAGAUCAAAGCAAGCGUAAAGGGAACAUAUGUCUGGCCGUUCUUUGGCAGGUGCCAAGAAGACGUAUCACCCGGCAGCACACCUGAAGAAAUAGCACUCAUUCUCUCUGGUGAAUUAUUCAACAGCUGAGACCAUCUGGUUUAUUUAAAACCUUUGAUUUCAUGAGCUUCAUUAGCCGCUCCCUUGCCCUUGAAAGGCUCCUCAGGGUUAUUCAGUAGGAAAUCACUCUUGAUUUCUUUCUGCUUGUUAACACAUUGUGACAUUUAAUUGCAGUCAGUAGAGACCUGGUUUAGUGCCGGUGGAAGUUCAGAGCUGACCUACAUUCAGAGACGUAUUUAUACUUGCCUGCCUUCGCCGGCUUUCAGUGGCAGCAUCUGCAAAGCAAGCCCGGCUCUUGAGGGGAACCACCUGUGAUAAUGAAUGAAUCUCCUCCCUUAAAUAGAAGUCCCUGUUCAUGGUGUAGUUUGACCUGCCUGUUGUAAAGUGUUUCAGCUGGUUCAGAAGGAGACCUUUGCAGAGACAGCCUGUGUUGCGUCCCUUAUCCCGAUGGGCAGGACCUUACACAAGGAGAAAACAGGAGCCUGCUUUGUGCUGCCUGGAAACGACAACUCAAUUGUGAAUACGGGUGCAAGGCCCCUCCCGUUUUUGGUAGGUUACCACCAUACAUGUUUAUUUUUCAGCAGUUUUCUGAAAGAAAGUUCAGUGGUGUAUACAGUACAAAACUUUGCCAAGUAAUUACAAUGCCUCUGUGCCUCAGCUGGUAUGUCCCCCCUCUAUAUUUGAAAUUCCAUUUCUGAAUUAAACCCAAACAAUGUGAAUCCCACCCUUGGCAACUACGUGCAGAUAUCUAGAGUGGAGCCACUGCUCUGGGUGCCACCACCCUCACAGGGAGGUGAGGACGGCUGCCUGAUCGGUGUCAGACUGCCGUGCCCUGGCAGUACCUGCAUCCCUCCACUGACACCAGCCAGGAGCAGCCAUGACCCAGGGGCUGGGACUUUGCCAGGCCACCCCACAUUGACCACCCAAACUGACUUGCCAGGCAGGAGAGGCCCUGAAAUGCCUUCUAACUUCUUCUUGAUGAAGGGAAGGAAAAUUGCUCCAAGAAACAGGAGAAUUCAGCACCUGAAGAAAUAUUCCAUAACGUUAUUCCACUCUUCUAAUAUUGGAGGAAAAAUUACAAAAAGCACAUAAAACCAACUCGCCCCCCUGCCCCAAGUAUUCCCAAAGGGUCAGCACCAGGGCAGAGAAAGAGAGGAAAUCUCCAGGGAAUGGGCCUUACUUCUUUUUCCUGUCCAUGUCUGGCCUGACAACUGACUUCAUUCGGAGUCCGACUUCCCUCUUCAUCUCCUGAGCAAGGGAUGUGGGAAGGGAUUACGUUUUACAGAGCAUAUACAGAGGAGCUGAAGGAGCAAGGUUGUACACGGAUGAGGAAGCAAAAUAUACACAACUAGCCUGGGCGAGCAAAGUCACAGCCUGGUGCAAGCUGCGGUAGGAAGUUAAGUUGUUACAGCUCUUCUAGGACAGGGUGGUUUGGCAUUUCAUUUUAAAAUGUUGCUUUGCAAGAGUUCAAACUCCACUGGAAAAACAAAAAAAAGACUUAUUCCACAAUUGAAGAGUUUAUCAUUUGGGGAGUUUGAGCAAGACACCGGCUGCGGAGCAAUUACGCUGAGAGAACUGGAAAGAUUUGCAGCUCCCAGAACCACGUCCGGGUAACUGUCAAUGGUCUUGGAGCUCCAUAAAGUUCCUAUUACUGAAAUGACUCCCUAGAAGAUUUGUGGUGAUGUCUUCCUUUCCCAAAACAGAGGAGAAACAGGUUGAGUUAGCCUUGACAUCUUUCAGACUAACAAAAGAAACCCCCAAGGCCUAAUGAGAACCUCUUAGCCUGAAGGACAAACCCAAUGCAUCUGCAAUCACGUUUCAUUUUAGCAGUCUCCCAGUGGCAUGAAGCACAGAAGGUUAAAAGGAGACUCAGAAAGGCUCAGUGCUUUAGCAUUUAAUGUAUUCUAAAUAUUCUAUCAUACAACAAGAUAACAAACAGGUCUGAGGUCAAACAUCCAGUGCACCUGGUGAAUUUAGAGGUCCCCGCCCCGUUGAAAGUCACUGCGACUUGUUUCUAAAAGCUUUAAACUCUGCAAGGAGCUUCUGUAAACAUAACCGUGCCACAAGCAGUUUUCUCUGAGUGCUGUAAGAUGGCUGUGGUGUAUCUGUUUCUUUAUCGGCAAGCCUGAUGGAAAAGACAUAUUUUACUGCAAGAUAUGAGACUUAAAUUUUGAGCGUAUGCUACCUACGGUAGCAAGUGCUUAAGUAGUCUCCAGAGGAACAACCUCCCUGGCAACUAUUUUUUUUUCUGGUGUAUAGCUUCAACUGUUUAAGUCUUCCAAGCAAAACUCCCCUCCUUCCUCCACGCUCCGCGCGUUGCCCCUCGUGCAGGCUGCUUGUCGUAUGGAGUCUUCCCAGCAAACGGGAGCAGGAUUUUGUGAUGACCAGCUGGUAGGAAGAAGGAAAGUACAUUGUGUUAUUGGGCUGUCAGAGCUGCUUCAAGGCUCACUGUUUAAAACAGCCUUUAAAGACCACAGUGUUAAGCAGUGUAUUAAACAUCUGCCUGUUGCUAAAAAUUGGCUUUUUACAAGACAAUCUUGGACUUUUCCGGAUGUACAGUAAUUUCAGAUAUUUGUUCCUUGUAAUGAGGGCAAAGAUUGAGCAGCCCCAUCUUACUGGGGACAAUUAUAAACUCUGAGCAAGACAGAUGCCAAGACCAUCUGCUUCAAGAAAGACAGCCUUCUUACCAGCAAGUUGCAUGAGGAUAUGUGGGAUAUUCCCCCCCGUCACAUAUGAAAAAAGUCCAAGAAAAAGAUGGCACAAGGCCAAAGGAACUAUCAAGUUUCCCAGGCAGAACUCCAAGAAUGAUGGAGAUGGUUCACUUAUCUGUAAAACUUCCACUGUGAAAGUAAUUGGUAUUAAUAAAAGUGGCAACAUAUUGGCA